CUAUCGUCGUCUCCAAUCAGCUGAAGUGUUCAGUGAGCCUUCUACCCAGUGUGUUCUCACCAUGGCACUCCAGUGGUAUUUACUUGGAGCAAUUGCUGUCGUUGAGGCAGCUGUCCUCCUACUGCUCUCCGCACCUUUGCCACCUAGACUUUCUAAACAGGUUUUGGAGUUCGUUAAAAGAAUACUCCAACCCGGUUUGGCUGUUGUGCCGUUUGCACUUUUCCAACUCUUGGAGGUAUACUGGAAGUAUGAAAAUCGCAUCAAUUGCAGCAAACAGGAGUGUUCCCCAUUCGAGAGAGAUCGUUUUCAAAGAACGCUAUUCAAGUCUCAUCGCAAUGCGCUUCUUGCGAUUAGUGCUGCAUUCUUCUACUGGCUUUUGUUCCGGAUUGCAAAGAUGCAGCAAGAUUUGUUACAAGCUGAGAACCGGGUGAAGCUCGCGAAGGAGAAGUGAUGAUUCUCUUUUCAAGUUGGGUAAAUUGCGAUUCGCAAGGUUGUAUACUUUGGUAAAAUCUUGGUAUAUAGCUGAAAUGUUUCUACAAAAGUGGAGCUUGAGACCAUAUUUGUAAGUUAAGGUAAAUUUUAUUGGGAUAUAUGUAAUACGUUGCUGAAUAUACACACUGGUACCUAAACUGGCUUGCCCAAUUUCCAUUACUUUUUCACAUUUGAUAGAUUUUUUAAUUUAUUUUCUUUGCGUCUGUCCUUUGCUAAUCGUGUCCUAUAGCUAAGUAUCAUGAAAGUGGCUGCGGAGAUUAGGAAGGAUAUACCUCCCCUACCCAAUCGGCAAAAUUUGUGUUGUCAACACAGCUUUUGGUAUUUCUAUCUUAUGUUACGUGUUUACCAUU